CUGCGUGCGACCGCGUCUAGGCCCCGCCGCGUCCGCCACGCCCAGCGCUCAGCAGCGCCCGCCCCACUGGCCUGGCCCGCCCCCCGCACCAAGCGCUCUUUUGCCCGGCCUCCGGUUCUCGCCGGCUCUCUGGCCAGCCCCCGAAGACGUGGAGCUCUGCGGCGGCCGAUUUGUCAAAGAUGAAAGUGACCUUAUCAGCUUUGAAUACUUCUGAGAGUUCUUUCACGCCUUUGGUGGUCAUAGAACUUGCUCAGGAUGUCAAAGAAGAAACCAAAGAAUGGCUGAAAAACAGAAUUAUAGCUAAAAAAAAAGAUGGAGGUGCCCAGUUGUUGUUUAGACCGUUGUUAAAUAAAUAUGAACAAGAAACACUAGAAAAUCAGAACUUAUAUCUUGUUGGUGCCUCCAAGAUUAGAAUGUUACUGGGAGCAGAAGCAGUGGGAUUGGUAAAAGAGUGCAAUGAUAACACCAUGAGAGCCUUCACAUACAGAACCAGACAGAACUUCAAAGGUUUUGAUGAUAACAAUGAUGAUUUCCUGACAAUGGCAGAAUGUCAAUUCAUUAUCAAACAUGAACUUGAAAAUCUUAGAGCUAAAGAUGAAAAAAUGAUCCCUGGCUACCCCCAGGCAAAGCUGUAUCCAGGAAAAUCAUUGUUGAGAAGAUUGCUCACGUCUGGCAUCGUGAUUCAGGUGUUUCCACUGCAUGACAAUGAAGCCCUGAAGAAGCUUGAGGACACCUGGUACACUCGGUUUGCUUUAAAGUAUCAGCCCAUAGACAGUAUUCGUGGCUACUUCGGGGAAACAAUUGCUCUGUACUUUGGAUUUUUGGAAUAUUUCACUUUUGCAUUAAUCCCCAUGGCUGUCAUUGGGUUACCUUACUACUUGUUUGUGUGGGAAGACUAUGACAAGUAUGUGAUCUUUGCCUCAUUCAACCUAAUCUGGUCCACGGUGAUUCUGGAAGUGUGGAAGCGUGGCUGUGCCGACAUGACCUACAGGUGGGGGACAUUGCUCAUGAAGAGAAAGUUUGAGGAGCCCCGGCCGGGAUUUCACGGUGUCUUGGGUAUCAAUCCCAUCACUGGGAAAGAGGAGCCUCUGUACCCCAGCUACAAGAGACAGUUGCGCAUUUACCUGGUCUCCCUGCCAUUUGUAUGCCUCUGCCUCUAUUUCUCACUGUAUGUCAUGAUGAUUUACUUCGACUUGGAGGUUUGGGCCUUGGGUCUACAUGAGAACAGCGGGUCUGAGUGGACCAGUGUCCUGUUGUAUGUGCCCAGCAUCAUCUAUGCCAUUGUGAUUGAGAUCAUGAAUCGUCUCUAUCGAUAUGCUGCCGAGUUUUUAACUUCAUGGGAGAAUCAUAGAUUGGAAUCUGCCUAUCAGAACCAUCUAAUUCUGAAAGUUUUAGUGUUCAACUUUCUCAAUUGCUUUGCCUCACUCUUCUACAUUGCCUUUGUCCUGAAAGAUAUGAAGCUUUUGCGCCAGAGCUUGGCCACUCUCCUGAUUACCUCCCAGAUCCUCAACCAAAUUGUGGAAUCUCUUCUUCCUUAUUGGCUCCAAAGGAAGCAUGGUGUGCGGGUGAAGAGGAAGAUGCAGGCUUUAAAGGCAGACAUUGAUGCUACAUUGUAUGAACAAGUCAUCCUGGAAAAAGAAAUGGGAACUUAUUUGGGCACCUUUGAUGAUUACUUGGAGUUAUUCCUGCAGUUUGGUUAUGUGAGCCUUUUCUCCUGUGUUUACCCAUUAGCAGCUGCCUUUGCUGUGUUAAAUAACUUCACUGAAGUCAAUUCAGAUGCCUUAAAAAUGUGCAGGGUCUUCAAACGUCCAUUCUCAGAACCUUCAGCCAAUAUUGGUGUGUGGCAGUUGGCUUUUGAAACGAUGAGUGUUAUAUCUGUGGUCACUAACUGUGCUCUGAUUGGAAUGUCACCACAAGUGAAUGCAAUCUUUCCAGAGUCAAAAGCAGACCUCAUUUUGAUUGUAGUGGCAGUGGAGCACGCACUCCUGGCUUUAAAGUUUAUCCUUGCAUUUGCCAUACCUGAUAAACCACGGCAUAUCCAGAUAAAACUAGCCAGAUUGGAAUUUGAGUCUUUGGAGGCACUCAAGCAGCAGGUAAGAGCAGCUGUCCUGAAAAUGUAUGUAUUACUUUAGCAAAUGACAGGAAAA